GCCUCCCCGUAGCCAAUGUAGAAAUUGUUGACUAAAUGUUGAUGUUGCGCUGAAAUUAUAGCCCUUCUUCACAGCCAGCAAUACAGCACAGCUGUAAAAAGUAUAAAUGGAUUAUCAUCCUUACCUAACUAAUGAUUGCCUGAUUCACAUUUUCUCGUUUUUUCAAGAAGAUGAUUUAAUUCGAGCAUCAAUUGUCUGUAAGGUAAGAGAGUCACAAUAAACUUGCGGAAGUAGAAAUUGAGGUUCUGUAAAACAGUUUUGAAUAUAUUCUUUAUUUUCUGUUAUAAUGUUCCACAUAUUGUUGUUCUUUUGUCAAGCGGUUGCUUUACUUUGAAACAUCAUGUUAUUAUUAGUUUGUAAUAUAUGUUGAUAGAUUUAUUUCAACAACUGUACUGGUGUGAUAGCCUAUUUUAACAACCCCAUACCUUCUGCCUUUUUAUCUAGGAAUGGCAAGAAGCAGCCGAAACACCUUGGUUGUGGCGGUGAGUUUGACGGAUUUUAUCCACUGAUCAGUUUUACUUACCCAUCUCAGAAUGAAUAAUAUACUGUGUGGGGAGAAGGGGUGGGUUUGAUGCGGUUGGUUUAGAUAUGGGCGAGGGCGGGAGUGUAGGUGGGACACACACACACACAAACAUUUGCAUAGCUUAUUCACCAGACAUUUACAUAGCUUAUUCACCAUUGUUUCUUGGCAUGUUUUUGACAAUGUGGUCAGCUGCAUCAUAUUUAAAGUAUAUUCUAUUUAACACCUAUAUUAUAAUAAUAAUAAUAAUAAUAACAGUAUAUUAAUGCUAUUAAUCUAUGCCCGCAGAGAAAUGUGUCUGCAGCGUUGGGGUUUCUGUAACAUUGCUGUGCUGGGCUCUGAACAUGGGAAGCAGGCUUGGAAGAGCUACUUCCUGCGUCGCUCUCACCUGGAGCAGAAGAUGACCAAGGGCAGGUCCGGUGGGGACUACACCUGUAAAAGCCUGAGGGGACACACAAGUGAGCAUACAGUCUUUCUCUUUCUUUAGAAAGGAUGGAACUGUCUAUGGAAGCAGUAUUUAGACAGCUGUAUGGUCUACAACAUCUAUAUCUUCCAGGCAGGGUGGUUGGGUGUGUGUACCUGUCAGGGAACUCUCUCCAGCUCUCUGACUUCUGGAGCUGCACCCCUACUGUCUGCAGUUCAUCCUUGGAUGGUACAGUCCGUGCCUGGGACGUCCAGCAGGUGAAAACAAUACUGCCCUUUUAUACUUAUUAUGAGGCUUUAUUUACAAGGCUUCAGAGCACUUUGCAUUGUAUGUAGGCUACUCAUCCUACCCACCACCAAGGUGUAGCACCCACUUCAGUAGCCAUAUUAUAUGGUCUACUGGUCUACACAAAGAAGGAUUUGCGGUUAGCACUUAGGAAAUUGUGUUUCCUUUUCCCCUUUAACCAGGGGGUGCAGCUGUGGUGCAGCCCUGUUCAGAGUCCUCUGACUGGGAUGGUAGCUGAUGGCAGGCAGGGCGGGGUCAUCACGUCAGAUUCCACAGGGCUGCUCAAAGCCUGGGAUGGUCAGAGUGGACAGGAGAUAUCCUUCUACUCCUCAGCAUCCCCACAGUGCACCUUGCUGACCUACAGUAUGGAUGGCAGCUCUUUUCUCUCAGUGAGUACCCAAACACAAGUCUGGUUGGUUGCCAGAUCAAUAUCUGACUGACACAUAAUAUAUUAUUUUUUUUAUUUUCACCAGGUGGGGACCAGUCAAGGCUCUGUCCAUACUCUGUCUAGCCCCUCACUGUCAAAGCUGUCCAGUCUGGUGGUGUGUGACACAUUCAAAGUCAACCUACUCCUGGCAUCGCCAGACAAGAAAUGGAUCCUAGCUGGAACUAAAGGGAAUAUGGAUAUGAGCCCAAAGGUAAUUGUAACAAUUGACAUGUUCGUCUGUAAGAACUAUCAUGGAUCUCAGAAGUCCUGAAAGUUAGUAAUGUUUAAUCUUUGUUAAAAUUAAAUAGAAAUCAACAAUGUGUAUUGUGUUGUUUGACUGGCAGGUGGUGUCCAGUCAGAGUGUGACAAGUCCCUCUGAGGAGGAGGAUCCUCUGUGCCAGUGUCUGCCUGUCUCAGGCUGCAGUGCUGCUACCUUCCUGCCCUCCCUGCCGGCAAGACUGGCCACGGUCCACUGCAAGGACCACUCACACACGCAUCACAACAAGGUCCUCUCUGUGUUUGACAUCAUCAUAAAAAAGACCCGAUUCAAGUCAGAGAUCCAGGGUAAAGUGUCAAGUUGAGACAUUUAAUAUCUUCAUCUAUUUAGAUUCUAAUUACCUGUUACGUUAGCAAGCUUAUCCCCAUGUGCCAUUUUGUCAGUUGUAUUUUUGUGGUUAUGUUAGAAAUUGAGGUUUGGCCUAACUUUCACAGAUGUUCUCCUAUUUCAGUUGAGCAGGUGGAGAAAUUUGAGUUGGUAUUUGAGGGCAGGACCUCGGAUAUCCUUCUGGAGGGGAAGGGAAGCAGCACUCUGGUUAUAGCUGCUCACAGAGAGCUGAAGGUCUAUACUGUGAAAGGAGAACUCAUCUGUAGCUUCAAGGACCAUACUGAACCUAUCUGCUCUAUUUGUGUGGUAUGCUUUUCACUCAUAUUUAUUGUGCGUAUGUACUACUGAUGAUAGUAAUUACGGAUUGGAAUGUAUUUAUUGGAGCUCAAAGCGCUAUACAUAGUAUGGGGAAAACUGCAGUGUUCUAGAUAAUGAUAUUUUCCCCUUGAUUUAUUUUAAAAUAGUUUGGCCCUUAUUUAGGAGAAUAUCCAUUGGGAUAGAAAUCUUGUGGUAAGAGUGUGUGGGAAUUUAUGUUUAAGUUUAUAUGGUGCUUCGGGGAAAGACUGUCCAUGGAAAUUUAUCCUAAAAGUGAGCGUUUUCUUUCAGGAUAGUUUCCGUGUAGUCACUGCUUCUCGGGACCUAUCCUUAAGAGUGCUGACUUGGAAAACUGACAGAGACAAAGGGCUCACCCUGGAAAGUCGAUACCACUUACUGGGAGGCUCUCACUCCAUGUCCAGGUACAGAAAGACAUUUCCAUCCAUUAAGGAAACAAAUAGUACAUUCUGGCUCUGUAUGUAAAGUUGGAUUGAUGUACUGUAGUGAUGAACUGAUGUACAUUUCAUGUCUUGUGUUGACAGAGGGUUCAGUAAUGUGGUCUGUGAUUACUCAACCAUUGUGGCCUCAGUGGAAGCAGUGGAUGGGAAGGAUGUCCUGAAGGCCUACUCUUUCAACUCCUGAGCAACACUGCCCUCUAGGAGGACUUCGCAGGUACUACAGCAGUUUGCAUCAGUCACAUAAAUUCAUUGUAAUAAUAAUAAUAAAAAUAAUAUGCCAUUUAGCAGACA